GUUUGCACCCUUCUUCUCUCACUUUCUCUUUUUUUUUUCUCACACGCCCACCCACAUACUUUUCUUAUCUUCCCAACAAACGCACACACAAAGAAAUCAUGUCCUGGUUAUUACGUUCCUCUCGUGGUAUUUCUGCUAGUAGGAGUAGUAAUUUACUAUCCCGAGCUGCUUUAUACAACUGCCAGAGAACUUUUAGCACAACGCCUACUACGGCUCUAGAGAAGACUCCAAGUGUACUGACACCGGGAAAGGUUGAAGAUUCUACUGAUGUGGACGAAAAGAAACGGCAGCAAAACAUCGCCAACGAGUUCAUUGAGGCUGUUCUUUAUGGUUCCAAGAAGACCAAGGAAGAGGAUAAUCAGACUCAUUCUAAGAUGCUGGCACGAGGAAAAUACGUUCAUGAGUUGCAGAAGCAUAAAGUCAGGCCUGACAAAGUCGAGGAAUACAUCAACCUUGUAACGUCUUACUUGCCCAAGAUUGCCAAUAAUCCACGAAACGAGCUUCAUCUCUGUGGUAGUUGGGAGGUUGUGAUUGGCGAACUGGAUACAUUUGUGCAUAUCUGGGAGUACAAGGGAUAUCCAGGUCAUCGCAAUACCAUGGCUCGCUUGGCUGAAGACCCGUAUAACGCCUUCUUGAAGCAACUCCGCCCGCUUCUCAUUUCGCGUGAGAACAAUGUGAUGCUUGAAUUUUCCUUUUGGAAGACGUCUCCUCCUAUGGAAACCAACGGGAUCUAUGAGCUGCGUCACUAUCAGCUAAAGCCUGGUCGUUUGCUGGAAUGGGAAACCGAAUGGCGAAAGGGUCUCGAGUGCCGACGUCAAUAUUGUGCACCAGUCGGUGCAUGGUUUAGCCAGCUUGGUGAACUCCAUAGCGUCCAUCACAUGUGGACUUAUCCUGAUUUGCAAACACGUAAAACGACGCGUGAAGAUGCAUGGAAUGUGGAUGGAUGGGCAGAGACUGUGUACAAGACAGUACGGUUGGUUGACAACAUGUCAUCCUACAUCCUGAAGCCUUUGACCUAUAGUCCUCUACGAUAAAAAUCCAUCAACGCAAUGCUUUGUACAACAGCAAAAGAACGAACAAAAUAGAGGAUCAUUGGCAAUAACAACAAGAAACAAACAAGCGUACAAAUAAAGUUUAGUCAAACUUGGUAAAACACAAGGAUGCAUUUGUACCA